AAGGGAAAGAGAGACCACGCAUUUGAAACGCGAGGCGCGAAUUUAACCCGUUCUUUUUUAAAAAUCAACUAUAGAGGGUGCGUGAGCAUGCAAAAUGAACAGAAUCCUAUGGAUAAUAUAUGCGAUCUCAAGAAUUCUUCCAGCACACUCAUGGUCCUGUGAAAUCUCACAAGACAAGAGGGUUGUGAUUGGAGCACCAGGCGACACUGCCAUUUUCAGCUGCACUUUUAUUGUGGCUGAAAGUCAGCUGCUCACUAACCUGAUCAUAAACUGGCAGCAUGGAGACACAGUGGUCCACAGCUUUUAUCAUGGCAGAGAUCAGCUAGAGAAACAAAGCCAGAGCUACAAGAAUCGCACUCACCUGUUUAUAGACCAGAUACUGUCUGGGAACGCCUCACUGAGCCUAACCAACGUGCAGCCGGAUGAGCAGGGAGAGUACACCUGCUACAUCACCAGUGAGCAAGAAACUACUAGUGGAAGUGUAACACUCAUAGUGGCUGCUCCAUAUGAUGACCCAGAACUGGAAGUCCAGUACAACUGUGACAAUGUUGUUGUGACGAUGACAUCCACCGCAGGCUUUCCUGAACCCACGGUGUCUUGGAAGCAGCCACGUGGAAGAAAUGUCACAACCACACAACUGGACAGUAAGGGGCGCUUUAGAGUACAGAGCAAUUUAACCAUUAAUCUCAGCAUGACGCAGACCGUUGUUGUUGAAAUGACACUUAAAGCACUCUCUCAGCAUAUCCUUAAAACCAUAACGCUACAUCCUCAAACAGGAUGUUGCAGUAAGAAUGCUGAUAUCAAGAAUUUAAGGAGCAGACCUUUUCUUACAGUGCUGUUCUUAGCAUUCAUUAUCUUGUUGCUAUCAGUACUAAUUAAAACUAAACAGGAUGAAGGAAAGAACUCUUAACAUCUUUGAUCAAACUAGCUUCAAGGCGGUGUCCUAUUUUUCGUGUAUGCCUUUUGUUUAAUUAGUGCUAAUGAUUUUGGUAUAGGCUUGUAAGUUUUGAAUGUUGUUUCCUCACUCUGUUCUCAUAAUUUUAACAGGUAAACUAUUAGUAGCAGUGCAUAUAUCCAAAUGGACACUGUGGAAAAAGUAUUGAUGCCAACUGUCUAUUUGAAAGAAACGACAGAAUUAAAUCUUGUUACCCUUCUACUCACGUCUAAUGAAGGGGAACCAUUACUGUGUCACAGAUGAGUGGAACACAGUCAAAAACAAUGAGAGUCUGAACAAUGUGAUUAUUUUUUGUCUACCUGAAAUUAAGAAUACCGUAGACAAAUCACAAGCUUUGCAACUAACGGAAUCCUGAAAUGAUCCAAAUGUUCCCAAAUUGGCUCAGCGAGGAGAGCUAUCUCCAUUUGCAUUGUAGGCCUCUCCAGACGAUGAUGUGCCUAGUAAUCACAAUUAGUAGUGGUUAACUAUUGUAGCCAAGAUAGCUUUAUCUCACAGGCGAAACUUUGAUUUUGGUAAGGCUGAGCUUUCUUCACCUGCCCUCUUAACAAUAAAGCAGGACCCCUUGGGCAUCGGGAGGCUUAACUCACAGGAGGCUUAUCAUCUCUGCUGGACCAUUUAACUGUGCUUCCUCCUUUCUCCCAUGAGCUCAUGUUGUAAUGUCUCUACCAGCCUGUUUAUGACUUUAAAAUUCUAGCAGACUCCAAGUUACCAGGAGAACCAAAAAAAUCUUCAUGUCAAGCCAAAGACAAAGGAAAUUUCAGGAAUUUAGGAAUUUAUUUGUAGUAGCUAUCAAAAUGUAUAAUGAAGCUUUUCUUUCAUAGUUCUGUUUUGCCUCACAGAGAGGAGAAAUCUUCAGAUGUUAUUUUACCCAACAGAUACAAGCUUUACAAAGUAAAGCAGUAAUGUCUGGUUAUCUUGGUAUAAAUUGCUUGUUUUCAGAUUGCCUUUCUUCUGUCUGUCUUUUCAUAUUCUUUUAAUUAUUUGUUCAUUAGCAUGACACUCAAUUCCCUUGUAAGUUGCUUACCUCGUGUUUAUUGUAAACAAUUGUUAACCACUCUUAAUUGUGAUUACUAAAAAUCGUACAUGGACCAAUUAGACACAAUAUAUUAAAGCUAGACGUUUGUAACUUCAAGAAGUAGGAAAGGAAUUAAAUGUCCAAUAGCUUCACCCAUCCUAGGGUUUGAUGCUUUAGUUUGUUAACUUCAUUCUAGGACCAUGAGGCAUGAAACUGUUUAAGUAAUGUAUGAUUAUUUUAUUUUGCCUGCUGUGCCCUGGUUAAUCACUCGCAGGUUAUCUAAACAACAGUUUCUUUUGUUCUUCCCCCUUUCUUUCUUUAGCCAUGCUCAGUCCACCAUGAAUCUUGUUUGGGUUCAUUCAUUUGUUACAUAUGUUUUUUUUUAUUUUAAACGCUUUUAGUGAACCCAGUACUGGUUAUUAUCAAAACUGUAAUAUUGUUACCUAGGUUCUUCUUAAUCAGGAUCGCUUAAUCUCAAAAGUGGUAUUCUAAGCUUUGGUAGACAAUAAAUAAUCACAUUUUCAAACAUGCUACUUUUAUGAGUUGUGACUGAAUUAAUCAUUAAUAGUCAUUAUUAAUGAUUGAUUCAGUCACAACUCAUUAUUAUUAUUAUUAUUAUAUUUAUGAUUAAUAAUAGAGUUUUUAAUAAUCAUUAACAAAUUAAUCAAAAUUAAGUCGUGUGGGGGGAAAAUGCUUAAUGCCUGCUUAAAAGCGGAAGUAAGAAAUAUCUGACGAGCCGCAGCUCAGGGCCAUUCGGGGAAAGUAAAUAGUAGUUGUAGUAAAUAACUUUCCAGUAUUGGUAUGGAAUUGAUUGCUUGAUACCUCUGUGUAGAGGGGAAAAAAAAAAAAAGCGUGUGUAAGGGUUGGUAACAGGCUGAGACCCCCUCUGGCCACCAGAGGGAGGCACACCACUAAUCAGGCUUAACACCCAACAGCUGGGCUAGACCUUAUAUAA